CAAAGGUAAAAAUAAACUUAUCUCCCAUUGACGCCCUGUUAUCUCUCGACGAGAGCUACCUACCUUAUCAACCUAUCAGAUCCAAACUUAUAUCUGCUGCCACCUCCAACGCACCGUCACUCGUAAACAAACACCAAUUCACCGUCAGCUUCGCCCUCUCUUGGAUCCCUCCAAACCGAUCCAUUCCCCCAACACUUAGCAACCUCCAACUUCCUUUCAACAACACCAGAAGAUAUAAUGAGCUUGGCCCUUCGGCGAGGGACUUGCCAGCCCCUGCGUUGGGCGGCAUCCUCUAACAUCGCUACCAUCCGACCAUGCAUCGCCAUCACAACCAUCAACAAGGCCAAUGUGGCUACCCGUCGUCACAUCCACUCCUCUGAGCGACGCACCUCCACACUCGCCGAGCACCCCAUCCCCGACCCUAUCCCUCCUCCCGUCGGUACCGGUCGUGCGCCCCUCUCCGUCCUGCCCUUGAGCAUGAUCGUGCGAUCUCUGGCCACCAUGAUCGUUUCGUCAUCGCCUGUUCUUCUGCCUCCCUCGCUGCGCAUCAUGAACGUCCUGGCCAACACCACAAACUCCAUCCUCAAUUCGGACACGAACCCCGUCCUCCGAUACUUCCUCAAGAAGACCUUCUAUGCCCAGUUCUGCGCCGGCGAGAACCCCGCCGAGAUCAAGGCCACUAUUGCUGGACUCAAAAACAUUGGCUUCACUGGUGUGAUUCUCAACUAUGCCCGUGAGGUCGUCCUUACCGAGGACCAGGCCGGUGCCCUCAAGAACGGUGCCAUGGAGACGGAGGAAUGCAUUCGAGACGAGAUCGUGCCGUGGGCCCAGGGUACUCUCGAGACGGUCCGAAUGGCUGAGCCUGGUGACUUUGUCGCUCUCAAGUUCACUGGCGCCGGCAGCAUCGCUCUGUAUCAGCUCAAGGAUCGCCUUCCUCCCAGCCCUGCCCUGUACAAGUCCAUCGACUCCAUCUGCCAGCUUGCCCAGGAGCGAGGUGUCCGACUCCUCUUUGACGCCGAGCAGGACAUGCUCCAGGACGGCAUCGACGACUGGACUCUCGAGUUCACCCGCAAGUACAACAAGGGCCUUGGUGAGGCUGUCAUCUUUGGCACAUACCAGGCUUACAAGAAGAACUGCCCCGAAGUCCUGUCCCGACACCUUGCUCUCGCCCAGGUCGAGAACUUUGCCCUGGGUGUCAAGCUUGUCCGCGGCGCCUACCUGAACUCGGACCCCCGUGAGCUCUUCCACGACACCAAGGAGGAGACCGACGCCUGCUACGACUCUCUCGCCGCCAGUGUCCUCACCCGCCAGUGGAAUGCUGAUGUCAAGGGUGAGGGUGAGUACCCCGCCACCAGCCUCGUCAUUGCGUCGCACAACGCCGAGUCUGUUCGCCGAAGCCGUGCCAUCUGCGACGCUGGCCGCGCCAAGUCGGACAUUGCUUUUGCCCAGCUUCAGGGCAUGGCCGAUGAGGUCAGCUGCGAGCUAGUCGAGGCCGGCCAGGCGGACAAGACCAAGGUCCUGCCCGCUUACAAGUACCUCGUCUGGGGAACUACUGGCGAGUGCAUGAAGUAUCUCCUUCGACGAGCACACGAGAACAAGGACGCCGUCCAGCGUACCAAGGGCAGCCGGGAUGCCCUGUGGUCCGAGUUGGUCCGACGAUGCAAGAGCGUUGUCGGCUUGGCGUAAGAAAGGAAAAAGGGAAAAGAAAAGGAUUUGAUAUCAUGUUUUUUUGCAUCAUGGGUAGCGAUCAGGAGUCCGGGGCGCUUAGGAUCUCGAUGCUUGAGAUAGACAAAGCAUAGAUGAAGAUAUGACUUACGUGUU